UCCCAUAUCCACUAUUGGUUAAUCCCACCACCAUAUGAAUCUAUAAGUUUUAUAUUGAUUGCAUCGAUGUUUACAAUAACAUUGACAUCACAUGUGUUACACACCGUAUGUAUGGAUUGACUAUUGGUUUGAAUGAUAUAACAAAUUGAUGACUAAUUCAGUCACGUAUUACUGUUGAUGACUAAUAUAAAUAUAAAUAAUAAUUAGUAAUUACUUGAAUUGAUGUGACAAUUGAUGUCAAACAAUGUCUAAAAGUGUAAUCAACUUCAAGCCUAUUGUCACCAAAUGUCACAUAAGAGCUCUGACUUUUGAGAAACCAUUUCUCUUCGUUGGCAUUGGAUCCACUCUUCAUGUGUUUAAAACCGGCGACAAUGGUUUGAAAGCAUUGAUAUCAAGUAAACCUAUUUUCACUUCAUUUGUCAUUACGGGUGUCAAUACAUACCUCAAUAGUCAAACAGAUUCACACAUUGAGAUAAUAGUUGCCAUUUCUGGUAAUCGUUUUUUAAGUUUAUAUAAGUUUUUAUAUAUUUUAUCCACAAAUGUCUACACAUUUGAUGAUCUACUCGUUGGACACAAUUUUUAUGAUUGGCUUCUUUCGAUACGACUAACCCAUAGUUUGGCUUUUGUAGUCAAAGCACACAAUGAAGUGAUUGUUUACGAUUGGCAGCAAAAUGUUAUAAUAAAUACCAUCUCUGGAGAAGACAAGUGUUUACUAUAUUCAGCAGAACUUCUGUACAUAUCUGAAGAACCAAAAGGAUUUGUGUUGGCUUCGGGUACUGUUUUCAAACAGAUUGUGAUCUGGAAUUGGUUUCAAACACAAGUUGACAAUAGUUUUAAAACACAAAUACAACAGAGACUUGAAGGACACGACGGAGUGAUAUUUGCAUUAAAUUACAAUAAAUCGCUUAACAUUUUAGUUUCGGCGUCAGAUGACCGAAGUGUCCGCAUUUGGACAGCCAAUAGUGAAUUAGGUUCAGAAUCGGUAGGAUUUUGGGAAAGAAAUAGAUUUUCAUUAAACCAAGUAUUUUACGGUCAUUUAUCCCGUAUAUGGAAUGUAAUCACUAUUACAAAACCUCGACCUAUAGUUAUCAGUGUUGGUGAAGAUGGUGGACAGUAUUUUUGGGAUUUAACCGCCAAAAAACUGAUCCAACGCGUGAAUGGACACCGAAACUCAAGUAUUUGGUCAUUGGCUGUCGAUAAUGAAUCCAUGAUAUCGUUUAGUGGCGGCAGUGAUGCUUCUAUAAUCUGUUGUGAUAUACAAAAUACUAUCACUGCAUUUGAUCCAUUAAUAAUGAGUAAUAUACAUCCAAAACAACUAGUCUUUAUCGGCCAACAAGAACUGCUUUACAUAUUUUGUGUGACAAUCAGUGGUGAUAUUUAUCUGUUGCCGACAAAUACUGACAGCAAAAGCAUUAAAAACAGUGAUUAUAAUUAUAUGUUAAACACUUAUUGUGCACUCGAUGUUAACAUUAAGCGCAACCAAAUAGUUUUGGGAUCAAAGUUUGGUGAUAUAGCAGUUGUUACCAUUAAAAUGAAUUUAGACAAUCCAUUAGACAUUUGCGUCAAAAGAGUUUAUACAUCGAAAGUUCUUAGCGUUUGUUUUGUUGAUUGCAAUCAUUUUGUUAGUUGUGGUCUCAAUGGUGUUGUCAAAGUCAUGUCAGUGAAUACUAUGACCACUAUUAGUGAAUAUGUUUUACCCAAUAGCCGUCAUCGAUGGCCAGUCGAUGGAUUAAUUUAUGAGAAAUUACUUAUUUUAGGUGAUCGAUGUGGUAGUGUUUUUGUCUACAAAAUCAAUGAAGAGAAGCCUUUUAAAGAGUUCCGUCAUUUGCAUGGAUCAAAUGGAGUGACAGCUAUUAAACUCAAACCAAAGUCGAAAUUCAUGUAUUCUAGUGGAAGAAAUGGUAAAAUAUGCGAAUUUCUAUUAGAAGAUCAAAAUUGUAUACUUCUUAGAGCGUACAGAAUCUUUUCAGACAUGGAAUGGAUUGGAAACUUUACCUUCGAUGACACGACUAAUCAGUUGUCAUAUGUCUAUGGAUUUGAAUCACGAAAUUUUGUCAUUUGGGAUGAAAUACAACAAAGAUUUAUAGAGAGUGUUGACUGCGGUGGCGGUCAUCGAUCGUGGGAUUAUAUUAACCAUCAAAAUCAGCAUAACUUAUGUUAUACUAAACAUGAAAACCUGUUGUGUUAUCGGAAAAAGUUGUCUAAAAUUAAUGUCAACUCCAAUAUCAUUCUUAACAAAACAUUUCACACGAAAAAAAUUAAUUGCUGUCAUAUUUUAUUUACCACUUCUUUAAAUACUUAUAUUUCAAUCGCUGGUGAAGACAAUAUCAUACAUAUUGGUAAUUAUAAUCAUCGGUCAAAAUUGAUUAAACUGGAGACUCAACUUUUUGGUCAUAUAUCCAAUAUAUGUGCCAUAACUGGAUGUUUAUCACACAAAUCUUCCGACUCUUGUUUUAUGGUUUCUGUUGGCGGACGGACUCAACUCAUACUUUGGUCCAUUCAAUUGAAAGAUAAUCAGUUAUUUUGCAAACAAUUAUUCAAUAAAUUUUUAUGGGAUUCCGAUAUAAUUCAAAAUAGAACUAAAAAGAUAAAUAACUUAUCUUUAAUAUCUAAUCCACAGAUUAGGUAUUUAGACGCAAAUAUUAGUAAAAUUAAUGACAAUAAAUAUCUGAUCACAACUGCCUGUUCCGACUCAUCGUUUCGUUUAUUUAUAUUUGACUCGACUUUAAUGAUAUUUUAUUUAUUAAACACUACUUCAUAUAACACGAGUUGUGUUUUACGUGUAUUAACUGUCAAUCAAUCGCAUGUUAUUACGACUUCAAAUGACGGAACACUAAGACUCUGGUUUCUCGGUUCAGGAUUUACCGGACAAAUGAUAUCAUCAGAUAAUGACUUUCAGAGCAAACAAAUUGAUUUAAAAUCUGUAUUUGAGAUGCGUUUACAUGAAUCAGGAAUUAAUGCAUUAUUUGUAUACUCUUUAAACGAUGAAUUAUUUAUAAUAGUAACGGGUGGUGACGAUAAUACAUUAGUUUUAUCAUUAUUUUCAAUAUUAUCCGACGAUAUAAUCCUAAUUUCAAGUGUUAACGAUAAAUAUACACAUUUAUCACAAAUUACAGGAAUUAAAAUAGUAUCUGAUUGUCAACUAUUAAGCGCAUCCAUUGACCAGAGGAUUAUCAUCUGGAAGUAUAGCUCUAAUGUUUAUUCAAAAAGUCUAUCAUUAGAACCAAUUUGUUUCAUCAUAUCAAGCAUUGCAGACAUAUCAUCAAUUGUAGCAUUUUUCAGUGAUGUAAACGAAUGGCAUGUAAUGGUUUGUGGCGAAGGAUUUGAAUUAUUGGACGACGAAUGUGUGGAUCUGCUCUUAAUGGAGCUGUUGUUCCCCAAAGUGAUAGACGUGUGAACAGAUGUGCCAUUUCUUCUUUGUAGUCGUUUGUGAAUCUUUCUUAUGCCUA